CAAGAGAGAUUGAGAGAGAAGUCACAUACAUACUAAUCCCGGCAUCAAGAUAUAUAUGAAGACGUCAACAGCUAAUGCUAAUCGGGUUUACCAAGAUAUUGAACUUCCAUCUGCAGAGUGGGUUCAAGAGGAAGGAUAUGAAACUCUCAUCGUCAAUCUACAGGGAUAUAAGAAGGAGAAUCUAAGGAUCCAAGUAACCUCAACUCGGAACAUUAGGGUGCUCGGCGAACGCCCAGUUCGUCCGGAAAACAAUAUAUGGCAGCGCUUCCGCAAAGAGUUUCCAGUUCCGUCAAAUUGUGAUGUCAAUGAAACCUCUGCAAGGUUAGACAACGGUUUCCUUUAUGUCAAGAUUCCGAAGACAAUAGCUCCGGUUGAAACAGCAACAAAUAAGGAUCAGAAGCCACAGAAUCCAGCCACGGGAACCCCACCACCACCCACAGAAGCAAUUCCAAAGCCUCAAAAGCCCACAAGCAGCACUACUACUUAUGUACCACAACCUGCUGCAGCUUCAGCUCAAACGAAUCUUAACAAUGCUCAAAGGACCAAUGCUGCGUCUCAAGAACAGACACUGCCUUCUAAAGCCAAUAAGGACAACAAAACCGACGGAUCAUUAACAGCUAAUAGUGGAUCACAAACAAAGUAUGCUAGCAAUGCUGUCACAGCUGAUCCGAAGGCACCAGUGAAGGAGAAGGUAUCAGCUGCUCUAGAUACGAAGGAUCAACCAAGUAAGGUGAAUGAGAGGAGUACAACCUUUGAGGGAGCAGCUGCCGCUAGCACUAAGGAUACUUCAAAGAAGACAUCAAUGGACAAAGAAAAGAGUGAUAGGUUUUCGGCAAGUGCUCAAAAUGUCGAAGAAAAAUCACCUACUACUGGAGAUGUUAAUCGCGGUAAAAGGGUUCAUCAGGACUAUUCAGCAAAGGAGGAUGCAGAAACGGAAGAGUAUUGUAGUAUGAGGACACAAGGGCGUGGCUAUUACAGGCAGGUUGUUGAUGGGUUAAUCAUGGAGCUCAAGGAGCCAAGGAAACUGGUAAACUUGGCCAUGGCAUUUGGAUGUGUUCUAGUACUUGGCUUAUAUGUUAAAUAUGCUAUCAAUUCCAUCAAGGAAUUCAAACGCGAAGAGCUGUAAAUAAUUGUAAGCCGAUCGAUAGCACACUGCAGAUGUGCGUGCAAAAUAUUAUAUGAAAAUUUCUACAUACACACACACACACAUACACACAUUGGACACUUGAAUAAAAAGGGUUUGCUUUG